AGCCUCCAGCGCCAGCUGCCAUGGGCAAGCAGAACAGCAAGCUGCGGCCUGAGGUACUGCAGGACCUGCGGGAGCACACGGAGUUCACCGACCAUGAGCUGCAGGAGUGGUACAAGGGCUUCCUCAAGGACUGUCCCACCGGCCACCUGACGGUGGACGAGUUCAAGAAGAUCUACGCCAACUUCUUCCCCUACGGCGACGCCUCCAAGUUCGCCGAGCACGUCUUCCGCACCUUCGACACCAACAGCGACGGCACCAUCGACUUCCGGGAGUUCAUCAUCGCGCUGAGCGUGACCUCUCGGGGCAAGCUCGAGCAGAAGCUCAAGUGGGCCUUCAGCAUGUACGACCUGGACGGCAACGGCUACAUCAGCCGCAGCGAGAUGCUGGAGAUCGUGCAGGCCAUCUACAAGAUGGUGUCCUCCGUGAUGAAAAUGCCCGAGGAUGAGUCCACGCCGGAGAAACGAACAGAUAAGAUCUUCAGGCAGAUGGACACAAACAAUGAUGGCAAGCUGUCCCUGGAAGAAUUCAUCAAAGGUGCCAAGAGUGACCCGUCCAUUGUCCGGCUGCUGCAGUGUGACCCCAGCAGUGCUAGCCAGUUCUGAGGGGAACGGGCUUUGGGACAGUUGCGAAGAAACACAGGCUUGUCCUGACCUCUUCAGCUUUGCUUGCAAAAGUGGAUUCCUCCGUGAUCUCCGAUCUCUCCUGCUCUCCUGGGACCUGGGUCCAGGCAGCGCAUCACACCCGCUUGGCCGGGCCGACGUGGCUCCCCCCUCUACCUGAUCAGUUCGGUGUCCAUCCCCUCCAGUCCAGGCCGGUUCCUUCCAAGGGUUCAAGUGUUCUUGGCUGUCGGGUUCCUCCUGCCCACAGAGGGUCCGGGGCUAUCAAGGAUGCCAGGCAGGACUUUUCAGCGUCUUACCAAGACCAGCUAAUUUAUUCUGUGAUCCCAGCUGACUUUGUGGGCUGGGUGGGGAUGAAGAGGAUGGAGAGUAGACAGACAAGCCUUUCCACUGCAUGGCUCCACCUCCCUUGUUCAUUUUUUCUCUGACCAAAGCCUCUUGCACGUAUAUACCGUGGUCUCCUUCCUUUUACUCUCCAGAGUUAUGUGUACGGUGAAGUGGACUGUAAUGUUUAGGCCCCGUAUUUAAUGCCUCUGACUGCCUUUGAAGCAUGGUCCCCUGUGGCCUGUGAUCCCCAACCCCCCAAGUCUGGCUGUGCUGUGGUAUUUAUGCGUUCUCGAUUUGCCUGAUUCCACAGGAGAUACAUGCAUGCCCAGGGCUGUGGACGUCUGCCCUCUGUGCUGUGAAUACAGAUGUCUGUGUGUGCUCCGUCCGCCCUACUGACUGGUCUGGCAUAUUAAAGUGAUCAAAUAAAUGGAGGCCUGUGA